UGGUCAUACGUUUGGCGGGAAAUCUCCGUUUUCCUUCUAUGGACUGUUCAUGUUCGGUUGUUUGUGUCCUUAACUCACCUUUCUGGGGCUUUUGUAAAAAAAUGAAGAUUUUUGUCUUUAUUAUUUAAUUUCAUGACGUAUUUUUUGGUAUUUUGGUAUGAAUCACUUCACAACAUAAAAGUUUAUCAAAGCGUGGAGGAUGCAAAAGAUCCUUCGUGACUGUUCUGUCUCCCUUCGAGAAACCUUGCGUUCUCAUCAAAUUAAAACAGUUGCAUCUCUGUUGACCUGUGAUUCUGCCAAGAUCACAAGUCAAACUGAUGACAAAAAGGAGCUUCAAUCUAUACAGCAUACAGUUUUAAACCAGUUCUCUUGCUUUCCUUUGAGUGGCCGUAGCCUUCUUGACGAUGUCAUGUCAUCAUUCUUUAUUUUACCAACAGGUUGUACCCACUGGGAUGAAUUAUUAGAUGGUGGCUUGUACUCAGGCGAAGUCACAGAAAUAGUGGGCUCUGCUGGUUCUGGCAAGACACAGGACAUAAGUAAUAUCCUGUCAAGAAUCAAGUGUUUCCAGAUAUUUGAUUUAUACAGUUUGAUAGAAUGUUUAAAUGAUGUGACCCCCCCUCUGUAUAAUGAGGAUGACGUGUUCUACAAUAAUCUGCAAUUUCUUGUUGUGGAUUCAGUUGCGUCAGUACUCACACCUGUUCUUGGUGGACAACAAAUUUCUGGUAUGCAUUUAGAAUGA